CCUUGCAGGUCACCCUCCGCCGGUGGUCCGGUGGAUGGACGGCGACAGGAUUCUGGAGACGUCCUCGGCGCAGCACUACAGUGCCCAGUCGCCCUCGGAGCGAGGCGAGGCCGUGCGGGUGGUCGACGUGACGCUGCACCUCCCGGGCCUCCAGCGCGAGGACAACGGCCGCGACAUCAAGUGCGUCGCGUCCAACACCAACCUGACCAGGAGAAAGUCCGUGUCGUCACUAUCGACAUGUACUUGCCGCCCCUGGAGGUGACGGUGGACGGACUGGACGCCCCCCUCCGCGCCGGCAUCGAGGCCAUCCUCAUGUGCCGCUCCGUCGGCUCCCUCCCCACCGCCACCCUCUCCUGGCGGCUGCACGGCUCCUCCAGCCUCAUGCCUUUGCCUGCUCAGUCUUCGCUGGACCAGAACACGACUAUCGGCCGGGGUCGUCUCCUCCCAACGCCGAGAGACAACGGCCGCGCCCUCACCUGCACCGCCUCCAACCCCAAAGUGAAAGAAUACUCCCUGAACAGCACUCACACGCUACAGGUGCUCUUUGCUCCCGAGGUGUCCGUCAGACUAGCGCCGGCGUUAGACCCUGACAACAUAUGGGAAAAGGCUGAUGUUUAUUUUGAGUGUGUUAUUCAAGCAAACCCAAAGAAAACGAGAGUCAUAUGGCUACAUGAGGGCCGAGAACUGCGAGGCGACAGCGAGGACGGCUUGCUGGCCGACCGCGUGCUCGUUCAGGGGGAGAACCUGGUGAUGCAGAAGGUGACCCGGCACGCUCAGGGAAGGUACCAGUGUCGCGUCACCAACACCAUCGACACUGUGACCAGCUCCGCCACGAUCCUGAACGUCAUGUUUGCGCCGGAGUGCAAGAAACCACGGAACGAGACAGUGUCGGUUACCCCAAACGAAGAGGUCAAACUUAACUGCUUAGUCGAAGCCAAUCCGCCUGAUGUCACAUUCGUUUGGAAGAUCAACAGCAGCCGCGGUGUCAAAGAGCUGGACAGCAGCAGCUACAGCAGCCGCAGUCGGUCCUCCACGCUCGUGUACCGCCCCAGCACGCAUGCCCAUGGCACCGACCACUACGGCGUCGUCUUCUGCCUCGGCAGCAACAAGGCCGGGAAGCAGAGAUUGCCGUGCAUGUUCGUCAUCAGUCCCGCAGGUCCCCCAGAAAAGCCCAAGUCCUGCACCUUGGUCAACCAAAGCCCGACAUCGUUGGCGGUGACGUGCCUGCCCGGCCACGACGGCGGCCUCGAUCAGCACUUCAUUGCCACGGUUGAGGAUGCAGCAACGCGGAGGGUUGUUGCAAACGUGACGUCGACGUCGCCUGACCUGACGGUGGAAGGACUGGCUCCGGGACGCGACUACCUGGUCAAGGUCACGGCCGUCAACCAGAAGGGAAGGUCUUCCCCGUUCACGCUCGAGGGCUUCGCUCUCAAAGUGGCCGAGAAUAAGAUUAAUAAUUCAAGUUCUGGAGAAUCUUCCUCUCUCCUCGUGAUGUUCAUAGCUGUCGUCGUUGGUUUCGUAUUCAUCUUAACGAUACUUGCUCUGGCAACUCGUGCUCGCCUGCGUCACCGGCGUGGGCAUCCUGAAGUCAAAGUUGAUAAAAAUAAACUAAGUACUGGAGAUGAAGCCCCACUCUCGCCCUCGACCAAUGCUUCGCUGGAUGAAAUAGGGGAAGGAGAAAUGCUCCACACGCCUGAGUCACACACGGGACCAUUGGAGACGCUGGAGAUCACCGCCCAGACGCCAGAGAGCCCUGUCAGCUGUAGCAGCAGGACUUACGUGCCCGUCCCGACUGGGUCCUCCACGCUCCCGCGGCCGCAGUCGCAAAUGAACCCGCGGCCGCAACCGCUGCACUCGGUGGACCUUCCGCACGUCACCUCCAACAACCAUAAAUACUAUACACUCAAGAUAAAUUGUACCAGACAAAAUAAUGAAAGUUUUGUUUAAUCCAAAUUUGUUUAAUAUAUUGUUUAAUAAAGAGAUAAUUGUUCA